UGAAGGAGGGACGCUGAGGUGCAGGGUCAGGGGUUAGUGAGGCCGGAAGUGAGUGCAAUAAAGUUUGUUCAGGGAGGCCCGGCCGGGGAGAAAGUUGGAACGGCCACCUGAGAAGGCAGUGGCGUGAUCCGGAACCAAAUCGAGCCGCGGUGCGGUGCGGAGACUCCAUGAGGCCCUGGACAUGAACAAGCUGAGUGGAGGCGGCGGGCGCAGGACUCGGGUGGAAGGGGGCCAGCUGGGGGGCGAGGAGUGGACGCGCCACGGGAGCUUUGUCAAUAAGCCCACACGGGGCUGGCUGCAUCCCAACGACAAAGUCAUGGGACCCGGGGUUUCCUACCUGGUUCGGUACAUGGGCUGCGUGGAGGUUCUCCAGUCAAUGCGCGCCUUGGACUUCAACACCCGCACCCAGGUCACCAGGGAGGCCAUCAGCCUGGUGUGUGAUGCCGUGCCCGGUGCCAAGGGGGCGACGAGGAGGAGAAAGCCCUGUAGCCGCCCGCUCAGUUCCAUCCUGGGGAGGAGUAACCUGAAAUUUGCCGGGAUGCCGAUCACUCUCACCGUCUCCACCAGCAGCCUCAACCUCGUGGCCGCAGACUGCAGACAGAUCAUCGCCAACCACCACAUGCAGUCUAUCUCGUUUGCGUCCGGUGGAGACCCGGACACAGCUGAGUACGUCGCCUAUGUUGCCAAAGACCCGGUGAAUCAGAGAGCCUGCCACAUCCUGGAGUGUCCCGAGGGGCUGGCUCAGGAUGUCAUCAGCACCAUCGGCCAGGCCUUCGAGUUGCGCUUCAAACAGUACCUCAGGAACCCGCCCAAGCUGGUCACCCCUCAUGACAGGAUGGCUGGUUUUGAUGGCUCGGCUUGGGAUGAGGAAGAGGAAGAGCCACCUGGCCACCAGUACUAUAAUGACUUCCCGGGAAAGGAACCCCCUCUUGGGGGAGUGGUGGACAUGAGGCUUCGGGAAGGAGCCCCCCUUGGGGCAGCUCGACCCCCCCCACCUGUUGGCCAGACCCCCAGCCACCUGGGAGCAACGCUGCCGGUGGGGCAGCCUGUGGGGGCAGACCCGGAAACCCGCAAACAGAUGCCACCUCCGCCACCCUGCCCAGGGAAAGAGCUCUUUGACGAUCCUUCUUAUGUCAACGUGCAGAACCUGGACAAGGCCCGGCAGGCAGGGGGUGGGGCUGGGCCUCCCAAUGCUGCCGUCAAUGGCAGCACGCCCCGAGACCUCUUUGACAUGAAGCCCUUCGAAGAUGCCCUUCGGGUGCCUCCGCCCCCCCAGGCAGUGGCCAUGGCUGAGCAGCUCCGAGGGGAGGCCUGGUUCCACGGGAAGCUGAGCCGGCGGGAGGCCGAGGCGCUGCUGCAGCUGCACGGGGACUUCCUGGUGCGGGAGAGCGCGAGCAGCCCUGGCCAGUACGUGCUCACUGGCCUGCAGAGCGGGCAGCCCAAGCACCUGCUGCUGGUGGACCCAGAGGGCGUGGUUCGGACAAAGGACCACCGCUUUGAGAGUGUCAGUCACCUCAUCAGCUACCACGUGGACAAUCACUUGCCCAUCAUCUCUGCGGGCAGUGAACUGUGUCUCCAGCAGCCUGUGGAGCGGAAGCUGUGACCAUCUCAGUGCUUUCUUCCCGAAGGGGCCCUCCCACCCCUUCCACCCUACUCCUUGAUUCUCAGGACCUCAUGUGGGAGCGUUCUGUGGGCGUGGCCUUGUGUUGGAGCUGGGGAUAGUGUGGAUAUGGCUCAGCACCCACUGAAUGAGAGGGUUUGUCAGAAGCUGGGCGUAGAAUCCUGUUUCUUCCCGAACCUUACCAAAGUAUUAUUGAACAGAGUGGCUCCCUUCCCUGGGCC